AGUAAAUGACAUAUGACGUUCAAUAUGUACAUAUUUUUAUUUAUCGUGGAUGACCUGUUUAGUAUCUGACAAAUUUUGUUGGCAAUAUAAAUGAUUACGGCGAGGUAACGUGAAAUAAACAUGGGAAAGUUAAACGUGACAAUUCUGCGAUAUUUAACUCGAGAUGAUUUUCGUGUUUUAACAGCGAUUGAGAUGGGUAUGAAGAAUCAUGAACUUGUUCCAGCAUCAUUGGCUGCUCAGAUAGCAAACUUACGUUAUGGCGGUGUUCAUAAGCUAUUAAAGGAAUUAUGCAAGCAUAGGCUUCUCAGUUAUGAACGUGGGAAACAUUACGAUGGUUAUCGAUUGACAAAUGCUGGUUACGAUUAUUUAGCUUUAAAAGUUUUGGCACAGAGAGGUACUAUUGCUUCUUUUGGCAAUCAGAUUGGAGUGGGAAAAGAAUCUAAUAUUUACAUAGUUGCUGACGAUGGUGGGAAUUCUGUGUGUCUGAAACUACAUAGAUUAGGAAGGACUUGUUUCAGAAAUAUCAAAGGUAAAAGAGAUUAUCAUCAACACAGAAAAUCAGCAUCAUGGUUGUAUUUAUCAAGGAUAUCAGCGACAAGAGAAUAUGCAUAUAUGAAAGCACUUUUCGAUAGAGGAUUUCCUGUACCCAAACCAAUUGAUCUCAACAGACAUUGCGUUGUUAUGGAGCUGGUUGAAGGUGGACCCCUAUGCGGUGUGUACGCGAUAGAUGACGUCGAGUCGUUAUACGACGAAUUGAUGAAUUUGAUCGUAAAACUUGGAAAUCAUGGAGUUAUUCAUGGUGAUUUCAAUGAAUUUAAUAUCAUGAUAAUAAAUAGUGGGAAACCAAUUCUUAUUGAUUUUCCGCAGAUGAUUUCCACUGAGCACGUGGAUGCUAAAACCUAUUUCGAAAGGGACGUAAAUUGUGUUCGUGAUUUUUUUAAAAGACGUUUCGCUUAUGAGAGCGAAUUAUACCCAACGUUUGAAGAUAUUUCGAGAGAAGAUUGUAUCGACGUAGAAAUUAAGGCAAGCGGCCUUACGAAACAGAUGGAGAAGGAUCUUCUGAGGGAAAUAGGUAUGAUUGAAGUUGAGGAUGAAGAACUCGAUGAAGAAUGCAAGGAGAGUAUGGAGGAAGUAAAUCAAGGUACGGACACUGCCGGGGAAAUCAGUUAUUUGCAACUUCAAGUUGAGGACACUGUGAGGAAUGAAUUUACGUGUAUAUCGAAGGAAUCUUUCAUUGACGCAGAAAUAAAUAUAAAGAGGAAUUUAGUCCCUUUAUCUAAAGAUGACAUUGUAGCAGAAGGUAUUGAAAAUAUGGAUAUAGCAAGUAAACCAGUGAAAGGUGUGAUAAAUGAAAAGUCACACGAUUUAAAUGCAAAGCAUAAAGAAGAUAUAAUAGAUUCACAUCUUACCGCAGAAACGUUUGACUCGGAGGAUGAGCAAGUAGGAAGAGAAAAAUUUAGCGAUUCCAGAAGUAUGUACAGUAAUACUACAGCAGCUACGAUCGCUCCUGAAGUCAUUAAGAAAAAGGUGAAAGUAGCUUUGCAAAAACGUGAAGAUAGAGAGAAAUCCAGAAGAAUCCUUGUAAAAGGAGAGGCAAAUGCGGUAACUAGAGUUAGAAGGGAGAACAGAGAUACGAUUAAACAAUCGACAGGAAUAUGGGGUUGGGAAUAAAAAAUUAUACAUGUUUGUUACUUGAAAAGAAAAA